CUGCUCUUCUGCUUCAAUCCCAAUGUAACACAAAGUGUAAAACAACUUUUUUGUUUGAAUUAAUUUAACAUUCUUUCAAAAAAAAAAAAAAAAAAAAAAGAAGCUUUUAUCCUCUGUUUUGGCCGGUAAAGAGAUGGCGAUACAAGCGCAGUUGCAUUACAACGCUUCGAACGUGAACCAAAUCGGUACUGGUGGGCCUCUGCUCAACAACAAUGGAGGAAUCGGAAUCGAUCAGUCGUACACGAACAACCAUAAUCUCCUGGCGCAGAAAGAUUUGAACCAACAUGCUCUGUUUCAACACCAACAGUAUCGUUCUCAGAGCGUUUUAGACGCUUACAUGGAGAGACAGAAGCAAGGGAUCGACCAGUUCAUAAGAGUCCAGAACGAGAGGUUGAGAUACGCGUUGCAAGAACAGAGGAAGCAAGAGAUGGAGACGAUGUUGAGGAAGAUGGAGGCGAAAGCUUUGGUUUUGAUGACGCGCAAGGAGGAAGAGAUGUCGAGAGCCCUGAGCAAGAACAUGGAGCUCGAGGAUCUGUUGAGGAAAAUGGAAAUGGAGAAUCAAACGUGGCAGAGGUUGGCUCGUGAGAACGAAGCGAUGGUCGCGACGCUUAACUCGACGUUAGAACAGGCUCGGGAGAGAGCCGCAGCCGCCACGUGUCAUAACGAAGCCAUAGCGGUGGAGGACGAAGGGUCGUGCUGCGGAGGAGAUGAUUUUCCGGCGAAGAAGAAGAAGGUGAGUAGUUGUUGCUGGAAUUGUGGGUCUAAUGGAGAGACAAGAGUGCUGUUUCUGCCGUGUAGGCAUCUCUGUUGCUGCACGGGGUGCGAGGACGGUCUUGUUCUUUGUCCGAUGUGUAGUGCUCCAAAGAAGAAUAGAAUCGAGGCGUUUAUUUUCUAAGGGGAACUGUUUUCCUUUCUUUCUCUGAAAAAUUGGUAGAAAAGCCAUUAAGACCGGUCACCGGUGAACGGAGAGGUUCUUACACCCGGACGAUGACGUGGCAGGUUGAUUUUGUGUUUUUCGAGAAGUUUAGGGAAAAAGGGAAAGUUAGACUAGGGAAAGAAAGGAUUUGCUCC